GUUCAGUAUGGAGUCAGUAGGAGUGAAUGUGAUAGAAGUUGCUGCUUUAGGGAGACCCUUUCAGCUGGGGAUGCUCUACGACUGCAGGAAAGAUGCUCUCGUGCCAGGAAUCACGUUGUGGGAUGAAGAAAAGCUCAAGCUGAGUAUUCGAUCUCGUCCCCAAAUUAAUACAGAUUUCAAAGUUACAGCUUCAGACUCUAUUGAAGAAAAAUCAAACUUAUUGAACAUUGAGGCCUCUAUGAAAUUGAGUUUGUUGGGUGGAUUGAUCAACGUAACCGGUGCAGCCAAAUAUCUCAAUGACACCAAGAAGUCUUUCAUUCAGCAGAGAUUGACUCUACAUUAUCAUUCAACUACCAGGUUUGAAGAACUGAGCAUGAACCAUUUAGCAUCUGAAAAUAUAGCUCACCAUGAGGUGUUUGAUCACGAUACAGCAACACAUGUGGUGACGGCAGUGCUGUACGGAGCUGACGCCUGCUUUGUGUUCGACAGAGAGGUUUCUUCAGAUGAGGACAAAACUACGGUAGAAGGAGAAGUGAAGGCAGCACAUGAAAAACUCAAAGUCAUAACAGUAGAUGUAGACACAAACCUAAACAUGAAUGAGGUUCAGAAGAAUGCGGUGCAAAAAUUCAGUGUCACUUUCUAUGGUGAUUUUCAGUUGCCGUCUAAUCCAACUUCAUUUGAAGAUGCUUUGAAGGUUUACUCUGAGCUUCCCAAACUGCUGGGAGAAAACAAAGAUCAGGUGGUUCCACUGAGAGUGUGGCUGUAUCCUCUGAGCAAACUUCAGUCAAAAGUUUUAAAUCUUCUGAAGGAAAUCAGCAUUGAUUUAGUCAGUGACAUAGAAUCAGCAUUAGAGAGUUUAAAUACAACUGAGAUGAAAUGCAGUGAUCUUCUGAAAGACUCUCCUGCUUCAGCUUUACCUCCAUUUCAAAAUAAAAUACUGCAGAUGAAGCAGAACUGUAACAAAUACAAGUUGAGUCUCAUGAAGAAACUCGGCUCUCUGUUGCCUCAGAUCCGUGGAGAUAAGAUUGAAGACUCAGCACUGAUUGAUCUACUGAAAGAUCAUCAUGAAUCUCCAUUCAGAGAAAGUGAGCUUGAAGAAUGGCUGAAGGUGAGAGAGAAAGAGUCUGAGAUCAUUAAAACACUGCUCAGACAACUAAUUGAUUCUGGUGCAAAGGUAGAAGACAACCUAGAGGCAAUCUUGAUGGAUCUAGAUGUUAAAAAUGUUGUCAGCUACACAUUCACAUCAUUGGACUGGUCAGAUGUGCUCCUUCCUAAACAAUUGACCUACCUAAGAUCUUCAACAAUGAGAAAUAAAAAUGACCUGGACUCCAAGAAGGAAACAUCAUGGCUCACAGAUGCCAUCCACAAGACUAUGAGGAGCAACUUGGAGAUGUUUAAGAGCUUGAUUGAGUCAAAAGACCGCAAACCAGUCAAGUUUAUUGUGUCAUCAAAACAAAUGGAGGAUCAUCCAGGUUCCUGCAUUCUCCUGUAUGAAGGUGGAUGUGUUGAAGCUGUUUGCUUCACUCCUCCAUCACAGCCGGCUCGUCCAAUCAUAGUAGAGGUUAAAGGUGACAGUGUGGUUAUUGUGAUGCCCUCAACAUGUCCUGCUACAGAGGAACUCAAGUUACUCUACAAAAUAAAUCAAGAGAAGAUCUGGACAUCUCAACCUGUGCUAAAGGACCAACAUACUGUAACUCUGACUGAUCUGAGACCAGGCACUGAAUAUGAGAUUAAAUGUGCAGCGGUGGGGAAACUCAACUACACCACUGAAUCUGAUGUGAUCAGAGUUAAAACUGAGGGGAGGAACCGCCCCUUUAUGGGUGAGUCUGGUUUAUUUAACAGAGCAAAGUGAGUCAAAGUACUCUUUAAAGCAGCUGUACAUGCUUUUAAAUGUCACAAAUGUGACUCUAAUCGCUGGAUUUAAGCUUUUUGCAAUGCCCCAAUAAGCAGAGCAAA